AUGGCCAGCCUUGCAGUCAGUAACAGGGUUGCACGUGUUCUGGGUUCCUUGGAAAUCACACAGAGUUUGGAAGAUGAUCCUCUACUGGAUGCACCGCUUAUUUCGUCUCAUACAUUGCAUUCCCAGCUGAGGCCAAGAUUUCAUGCUAUCCCAGCAGUUCUCCUUGCCAACUUUCUGUUGCUAAUACAUGUUGCUUUUGUUGUUCUAGCAUUUUUAGCAGCUAUGUUUUGCUCUUACCCCAAUCCAAAUCAGGAUAAGUGCCCUGGAAACUAUACUCACCCGCUUAAAGUGAUGACUGUUAUAAUCACUGCAAAAGUAAUUCUGUGGAUCCUGCACGUUUUUUUUGAACGAUAUGUCCAGCACCACCACAGUAAAGUCAGAAGCAGAGGUUACUUCUCAAUAUACCGAUCAACAAGAAAUCUGAAAAGGCUUCCACUGCUGAUACACUCCACAGGUAAUGCAGCCCUUCUUCUGAUUCUGUCCAUGCAGCAUUCCUUUCCUGAUCACAGUAAAGUGUACCUGUAUCUUAUCCUGGGAGUCCUGGGCCUGGAGCUGAUUAGCUCCCUGACGUGCUUAGUGAUUUACACAGUGAAAAUAAGCAACUUCAAUCGUGCGAAGCCAAGACCUGACAUAAUUGAAGAGGAGAAGAUGUAUGCUUACCCUAGUCACAUUACCUCAGAAAUUGGAUUCAGGGAAAAUUCAAGUUUAGAAGAGAUAGUUGAGAAGCAAGGAGAUGUAAUAGAGUAUCUUCAGCGACACAAUGCACUGCUCAGCAAGAGACUACUGGCGCUAACAUCUCAGCAAAUCAAAACUUAACAGUAUUUGGAAAACUGCUGUUGGAGCUCUGGAGGGAACCUGAGGUAAUGUAAUAUCCAGACUGAUUUGUACAGAUGACUCUUCUUCAGUCAUCUUUCACAUUUUGAAGUAGAAGUUAAGCUGGAAGGAUGAGCUCUGCGUACACUCUAAAGCUAUUACAACUGGAC